AGCUUGCCCUUUUCGACUACCCUUGUUUCAUAACUUCCUUUUCCUCGAGAAAAUAUGGGAAAGGUGGUUAGCAUGUUGUAUCGAAUCCUUUGCUUGCUUUUAGCAUUCUUGCAUUUCCAGGUCUAUUGUUCAUUGAGUUCCCCUUCCUCUUUUCUUCAUUCAGCUCAUUUGUGCCUCCCAGAGCAGAGAGCUGCCUUGCUUGAAUUGAAAAACACCAUUUCUCUAGAUGAUUGUUCGGUGCCUUCUUCUUACCCUACAACAAAUUCUUGGAAUGAAAGCACGGAUUGCUGUUCAUGGGAUGGAGUCAGUUGCCACAUGGUGACGGGUCAUGUCAUUGGCAUCGACCUUAGUAACAGUUGCCUUAACGGCACUCUCCCUGCGAACAGCAGCCUCUUUCACCUUCAAAGACUUCAAUGGCUCGAUCUUAGUUCCAACAACCUUCAUGGCUCUUUUCUUGAAAACAGCAGCCUCUUCCACCGUCAAGGACUCCAACAACUCAACCUUGCUUUCAACGAUUUCAAUGGCUCUAUCUCAUCAGAGUUAUUUAAUCAAUUAGUGAGUUUGACCCAUCUUAAUCUCUCCCAUAAUUCAUUCUCUGACUUAAUCCCAUAUGAUAUCAGUCUCCUGUCAAAAUUGGUUUCACUCGAUCUUUCCAAUAAUGGUUAUCACGAUUUGAGAUUUGAUAGUCAAGGUUUUGACAUGCUUGCAUGCAACUUAACUGAAUUAAGAAACCUUAUCCUUGACUCUGUAGAUAUGUCUGAUGUUGCACUUCCUUCCUUUUUGAACUUGACUUCAUCUCUGGAACGUUUGAGUCUCGGAGCGUGUGAACUGCAUGGGGAAUUUCCAAGUGAAAUUUUUCGCCUCCCAUACCUCCAGCACAUGGAUUUAAGUAGUAACAGAAAUCUUACAGAUUAUUUCCCUAAGUCAAACUUGAGUAGUGGCCUUAAGUUGUUGGACCUUUCCUUUUGCAGUUUUAGAGGGUCAAUUCCUGCAUCAAUUGGAAAUCUCAGUCAAAUCAUCCACUUAGAUUUUUCUGAAAAUGAUUUUGGAGGACAGAUUCCAGAUGCUUUUGGAAACCUUAAUAAAUUGACUUUUUUGUCAUUUUCUUGCUGCAAUUUUAGUGGUCAACUUCCAACAACUAUGUUCAAUCUCACACAACUCACCCAACUAGAUUUGUCACAUAAUCGAUUAGAAGGUCCCCUGCCAAAUCAUGUUAGUGAGCUUCGAUUGCUAGAAGAAAUUCUCUUAUCCGGUAACCUUAUAAGUGGUGGACUACCAUCUUGGCUGUUUACUUUGCCAUCUUUGAAAUAUUUAGGACUCAGCCAUAACAAACUCACCGGCUCAAUCAACCAAAUUCAGAAGCCUAAUUCUCUAAAACAUAUUUAUUUGAGUUCUAAUGACAUUCAUGGAUCAAUACCCAAUUCUUUUUUUGAUCUUGUGAGCCUUGAAAGGCUUGAUCUUUCCUCAAACAACUUGAGUGGUGUCAUCAAGUCAAAUAUGCUUGCAAAACUCAAAAAUCUUACCCAUCUUGUUCUUUCAAAUAAUAGUUUACUAUCAUUAAGCGCAAGCGAAAAUGAUGUUAACUAUUCCUUCCCUCAGCUUUGUAAUGUGUCAUUCUCUUCUUGUAGCAUAACACAAUUCCCAAGUUUCUUUCGAACAUCAAAUUUGGAGAUUUUAGAUCUUUCCAAUAACAAGAUUUAUGGUGGAAUUUCCAAACGGGAAGCAGAAGGGUGGGAAAGCUUGCUCGAGUUGUACCUUUCUUACAAUUUUCUGACCACUUUGGAACAAUUCCCAGGAAAGAAUCUUCAUAUUCUUGACCUUCGAUCAAACUUGCUUCAAGGGCCAAUUCUUUCAAAUCCUUUGAUUUGCAAUCAAAGUUCACUUGUGUUUCUUGACUUGUCUAGAAAUAACUUGACUGGAACCAUUCCAAAUUAUCUUGGAAAUUUCAGCUUUCGUCUCGAGUUCAUGAAUUUGGAGAUGAAUAAUUUUUAUGGCAAAGUCCCUGAUUCUUUUACAAAUGGUCAGUUGAGAUAUCUUUUCCUUAAUGACAACCAAUUGGAAGGAUUACUGCCACGAUCUUUGGCUAAUUGUAGUUCCUUGAGAAUUUUGAAUUUAAGGAACAACAAGUUCGCUGAUGCCUUUCCCCAUUGGUUAGCUUCACUUCCUUGGCUGCGAGUUCUUAUUUUGCGAUCUAAUAGAUUGCAUGGUCCCAUGCCCAACUCCAUAGCUUCAUCUAACUUCUCGGCAUUGCAAAUAAUUGAUCUCUCUCAUAAUGAGCUCACCGGCCCCUUGCCAACAAAAUUCUUCAAAACUUUGAGAGCAAUGAAAGAUCGCGGCUGCAAAUAUUGUAUGGGUGAUUCUAAGAAAGCUUCUGUGAAUGUAACAACAAAAAAAUUGGAGAUGGAGUUGGCAGAAACCCUAACCAGUUUCACGUCCAUAGACUUAUCGAACAAUUUAUUUUGUGGACAAAUUCCUAAGGAACUCGGAGAACUUAUUUUGCUCCAAACGCUCAACUUGUCCAACAACAACUUGACUGGUCCUAUCCCACCAUCUUUCGGAAAUAUGGUAGCACUUGAAUCGUUAGAUCUCUCGUCAAACAAGCUUGGUGGCAGAAUUCCUUCCCAAAUGACGAAUCUGACAUUCCUUGAAGUGUUAAAUCUUUCAAAAAAUUAUCUUGUCGGGCCAAUUCCUCAUGGGAAUCAAUUUGGUACUUUUGAGAACGAUUCUUAUAGCAAUAACUUGGGACUGUGCGGCUUCCCACUGUCAAAGCAAUGCGGCAAUGAUGAAGAACCAAAACCAACUGUACCAAUGCUUAAGGAAGAUGAAGGUUCUGAAAUAGCCUUUAUUUGGAAAGUUGUAAUGAUGGGCUAUGGAUGUGGAGUGGUGUUAGGAUUGAGCAUGGGAUACAUUGUAUUCACAACAGGAAGACCAUGGUGGUUUAUCAGAAUGGUUGAGAGAGAUUGGCAAAACAAUGUUACAAAGUGGGUUGGUAGAAACAGAGGAAGAAGAAACUAGCACUACAUCCAGAUCAUGCAUAGGUGGCUUUCGAACUGAAUCUAAUGCAGCAGCAGCUUCUGAGUGUUCUUAGUGAGCAGCAGCAUUUUAUCAUUUUUAAAUUUGUGAGCAGCUUUUAUUUGAAGUUUGUACCAAAAAAUGUUGUAAUUUAAAAGACUUUAAUUAAAAAUGCU